AAUAUGUCAAUAUUUUAUCUCAAUUUUAUGAAAUGAAAACCCAAAGAGUAUGAUUCGUAUUUAUUCUUAAUGAUUGAAUCAUCUGUAUAAACAAUCGCAUAACUCUGACUUAAGUGCAAAAGAAAAUUUGAUCUAACAAUGGAGGAUUAUAACCCGUUUACGGACCCCGCAAUUUUGGAACACCAGACGAGUCGUGGACCUGGGUCGACAAGCACUACUACAGCAAAUGUUCCGACGCAAUCGAGCUACUCUGCAUAUGUGGUCGGAAACAACGAGCCCUCCGCUCAGUAUGUGAUGCCGUCUGCUAAACCUUCGACUAACACAACAUCAUCAUCACAAUCUGGCUCAGUGGUUGGCCCUCCCCCGCCCUACUCGGCCAACAGUCGACCCUUGUCCAGCGAGGAGUUGAUAAGGCAACAAGACAUGUUGGAAAAGAAGGCAGCGGAGCUGGAACGCAAGGAACGUGAGAUUAAUCAGAGGGAAGCAGCUGCGGGUAUCAGGCCCAAUAAUUUCCCCCCUCUGCCCUCCUUCCUCCCCUUCCAGCCGUGCUUCUACCAGGACUUCGACGUGGACAUAGCCCAGGAGUUCAGACAGACUGUGAAGCUGGUGUAUUAUAUCUAUUUGGCACUGGUGUUGAUUCUAUUGGUUAAUUUACUCGCCUGUGUCGUCUAUGCUGCUUCAGGGGGUGACAAUGCAACUUCACAGAUAGUGUUUGGAGCUCUGAUCUUGGUGCUGAGUGCACCCUGUGGCUAUGCGUGUUGGAUGCGAGCAGUGUACAAUGCAUUCAAGAAGGACUCUUCUUUCAGCUUCUUCUUUUUCUUUUUCUCCUUCUUCUUGGAGAUCUGUCUCGUUGUCCUGUUUGCCAUCGGAACACCAGGGUACGGAGUGUGUGGUUGGCUAGUGAUGUUUGGGCAGAUAGCAGAUGAUCACUACUUUGGGGCCAUCUGCAGUGCAAUUGUGGCAGUCGCACUCACUGCUCUCUGUGGUGCCAUGAUCAUCAUGCUACAAAGGAUACACGCCUUAUACCGAAGAUCGGACGCGAGUUUCGAGAAGGCACAAGCUGAAUUUUCUACCGGAGUCAUGUCCAACAAGCAUGUGCAAAGUGCCGCCUCAAAUGCGGCCAGAACGGCUGCGACAUCAGCUGCCCAAAAUGCUACACGCAAUCCAUAGCUAAACCAAGCAACAAUUUGAAAACAGAUAGUUGAAACAGCUUCCGAUAAACAAUUUUUUUUUUAAAUAGAACAAUCAAUUAAUUUGAA